AAGCAAGAAAAGGGUCCGAGCAGACUAAAAGCAUAUAUAAAUAUAGGAGGAGGGCAAAGAAGAUAGCCAGAAAAAAAAACAUCUGCAUUCUUCAGUUUUCCCCAUUAAUUAAAUUUAAUGGCUGCCAUGCCUCUUCUUGAUCCCUACAAGAUGGGGAAGUUUGAUCUCUCUCACAGGAUCGUUAUGGCACCACUGACCAGAUGCAGAUCGUAUGGCAACGUUCCUCAGCCUCACGCCAUUGUUUAUUACUCCCAGAGAGCCACAAAAGGAGGCUUUCUGAUCACAGAAGCAACCGGUGUUUCCAACACCGCUCACGGAUACAAAGACAGCCCCGGUGUGUGGUCAAAGGAACAAGUAGAGGCAUGGAAGCCGAUUGUCAGUGCUGUUCAUGCCAAGGGAGCACUGUUCUUCUGCCAGAUUUGGCAUGCGGGCAGGAGUUCCAUUACUGAUUUCCAGCCUAAUGGUCAAGCUCCAAUCUCCAGCACUGAUAAACCAGUGCCGACUCAAUAUCUGCACGAUGGCAGUGUUCAGGAGUACCCUGCGCCUCGAAGAUUGACGACAGAGGAAAUCCCUCAGAUCGUGAAUGACUUCAGGCUCGCGGCAAGGAAUGCCAUCGAUGCCGGAUUCGACGGAGUGGAAAUCCACGGCGCAAAUGGCUACCUGAUCGAGCAAUUCAUGAAAGACAGCACCAACGACCGAGGCGACGAGUACGGCGGCGGCAUCGACAACCGCUGCCGCUUCGCGUUGGAUGUGGUGGAAGCCGUGGCGGAAGAGGUGGGAGGCCACCGAGUGGGGAUGCGGCUGUCGCCGUUCUUGGACUUGAUGGACUGCUGGGAUUCCGAUCCGGAGGCGCUGGGUCUCCACAUGGCGGCGAAGCUGAACGAGUUGGGGAUUCUGUACUGCCACAUGCUGGAGCCGAGAAUGGUGAAGGUGGAGGGUAGGUACCAGAUUCCGCACCGGCUGCUGCCGAUGAGGAAGGCGUUCGGGGGGACGUUCAUGGUGGCCGGCGGGUACGAUCGGGAGGAGGGGAACAAGGUUGUGGCGGAGGGGUACGCGGAUCUAGUGGUGUACGGACGGCUGUUCUUGGCGAAUCCGGACUUGCCCCGGAGAUUUGAGGUCGGUGCGGCGCUGAACAAGUACAACCGGCUCACCUUCUACACGCCGGAUCCGGUUGUUGGAUACACCGACUACCCGUUCCUGGAAACCUCAAACUUCACUCAAGAUAAUCUCGACUUGUAAAAUUUCUAGUUGAUAGAUUUUAUCAACCUGAAAUACCCUUUCAUUUUUUUUUCAAUACUCACUUGCAUCCGAAAAUGAUUGAUGAACUUAAUAAAUUCUUAAUCAAAAUAAAAUUAAUA